GAUAAGAAUGGUAAUGGAUUGUUUACGAAGAGUAUCGGGACCGUACGACUCCGAACGUGCUGUCUGCUAAGGGGAUCGGUCAUGUUUAGCAAAAAAGCUCACGGAGAUGUUAAGAAAUCCUCCCAGAAGCUUCUAGACCCGAAGAAAGAUGCCGUCACACGGCUAAAACAUCUCCGAGUCGUACUCGAUAACUUGGACCAAUUGGAUGCGCGUAGCUUCUUUGAGCAGUACUAUUCCCACAUUUUCUAUGUAUUCUAUGAGAACUUUGUUGCGAUUGAGACGAUUUUAAAACAGAGGGUGCACAAGGCACAGAGAGAGGAACUGGAUGGUAUCGUUGCAAUAUUUGAGAAAAUCCUUCUAUAUGUUCCAGAUUUAGUCCACGCAAGAUGGCAAUACCAAAGUAUAGGACGGAUCUUAAAGACGUUGCUUCAUGUUGGAAACUGUCUGAAGAUUCGCAUGGAUGGCCUGCGUCUGUUCCUGGUAUGGUUCAUGACUCUACAAGAGAACUCGACGGAAGAGGCGUACCUCAUCUACGCAACGCUCAUUCAUGGAUUCCCCACACCUCCAGCGCUCAGCGGCAAUCCCUUAGAGUCUAUCAUGACGCACACAACCAGGCCGCCCAUCAACAGCGACUUGCUCGUUCAGGACACAGAGAUCUUACCCAUCAUCCCUUGCCAGCCCGGUGACAAGGUACCAGAUAAUCUGACCAGAUUAAUGCUGGAGGCAGUACUCCAUUACAGCGUCUGUCAGGUGAUGAAAGUCCACUGGAAGGACCAGCGGAGGUACGAGGAUGGUUUCAUCUUCCUCUUGGAUAAUUUCCGCAAGUACUACCUGCCUCACAUCUUCCCUGGCUUCUCUUUUGACACAAGCCUGUAUCAGCCAAAUCUAGAGAUUCCGAGCACCAGGAGUGUUCCAGGCUCGCUACUAAGCACAACCUUUGGCAGCUAUGACCCGAUGCUACUGUGUAGGGUCAGCGUGGUGCAGUGGGUGGUGUCCUUUAUCAGCGUCAAGAAGGCAGACAAUAACACCAUCAGCGCCUUGAUGGAGGAGAAGCAGGAGAAUCUUAAAGACUCAUUGGAGCGUAAGCUAGAUGCUGCCCUCAUCAAGGACGGCGAGACGCUAACGGUCAGCCCGAGUACCACGCUAAACAACAAGGAGCAGAACUCCCUCCUAGUAGGGGUGGGCAGCGCCGUCGGGUUGGUACCUGCUGUCAUGUCACCUGAGGAGGAAGAGCUUCAGGAGAUUGCCAGACAGAUUGUCCAGAAGGUCUUCUACUCAUCCAGGGGGAACAUAAACUUUGUACAUGAAGUCCUGAGACAGGGAUUCCUUUUGCCAAUGUCUGAAGCUGGGGCAGUGAGGAGAGCUCUACGGAUAUACAAUGACUGGAUCCAGGCUCAGCUGACAAGUACCAAGCCUAUAUUCAUGGAGGAACCUAUCUCACUCAGGGAAUCCGCUUUCAUGAUGUCCUCAUUCCAUGAUGCCACCACUGAACCACAGGGUGUCAGUGAGGUCGAUAGUCCACCCUAUGAACAUAUCAGAUCAUUCGAAGAUCACAUCACCCAGCCGAGUGAGACUCAACCCACAGUAGUGCAACCUCCGACCACCUUGAAGACUCAGGGUAGUAGUACGUACCUUGGUGCCAUUAACGACGCUAUCAAGGAGGGAUUGAAGAGCUGCAAUGUGGAGGCUGGGCUUCAAGCGACCAUACAGGUUUUUAUCACCAACUCGGCCAACGUCUUGCUCCUUGAGCCUGCACCUAACAGCUCCCCGCAGGCAAUCAAAGACCAGGUUGAGAUAUGUAAGCGUGUUCUGAAACUGUACCGUCACAUCGUGAUGAACGUCGGCAUGGAGACGAGAACAUGGGAGCAGCUUCUUAGGGUUUUGCUUCGCGUGACGGAAGGCGUCUUGGGUGGGGCGCCCUCAAGGUCCAGAUUCAAUCUCGGCCAGCAGCUUGCGCAAAUCUUGUUCCAGACUCUGAUUGUGUCAUGGAUCAAGGCCAAUCUGAAGAUCCGUGUAUCCAAGGAACUCUGGGAUAGAUUCCUUGACGUCCUGUCAUCGCUGACUCACUGGUCGGAAUUGAUCACCGAGUGGUCGAAAACCAUGGAGACGUUGACCCGUGUCCUCUCCAAGCGCGUCUACAACCUGGACCUAAACAACCUCCCCCUAGAGAAGCUCCAGGACAACCGCACUAAGCGUCUCCGUGGUCCCCGCACGCCUAACGCCGACAAGGACAGAGGCAAACACGAUCGCACCUUCUCCCGGGGCUGGAGCCGCUGCGAUUCCAGCUCACCGAAGAGCUCGGAUGAGAUUGAUGGGAAGAUGAGGGACAGGAUUAGCACGGUAGGAAGCCGGGACGAUCUGGAUCGGCUCAGAUACAAGAAGUCCUUCAUGAGGGAUGUGACGUCGAAAGAAGAGGCUACCAACGUUCUUGCCAGUCUAAACAAAUUACCUCUAAGCACCUCACAACCAUCACUGUACCACCAGCAACCUCUUCAGAUCAGCCCAACCACUGAUGUCAUGAUUGGUAGCUUAAUCAGGAGUAGCAGUGAAGGCAAACUCAAUGAGGGUGUUCAUAGAUUCCAAGUGACCAGACAGACCUCAGUACCAGAGACUCAUCCAAACAGGGACUCCAAUCGAGACUCCCUCACUGAUAAAUGCUCCUCGCUACCCGAGGAGUACGACGUCAUGGAAGUGAAAUCCGUGACGGACGAGAACGACGUGAUGGAGUUCAAGACGCUGACAGAGGAUAAGAUCUCUCUAGAGGAUAAGAUGUCGCUGGAGGAGAAGUCUUUGAAGCAGGAUGAUGAUCGAUAUGAGGAGCCCAAGUUGAGCGAUUAUCAGCUAGGGUAUUUGCAGACGGACACUGUGAGUAUAGACAGUACGGAAAUAGCCACCCCGGACACCCAGCACACGAUACUGGACAAUAAUCGUUUGACCCCCACCAGUCUAACGGACCUGAUCACCCAGGAUAUUAUUACUCCAUCCUCUAACAGCCAAUCGCUGUCCAGUACACCCUCGCCGGGGACGGCCAUCAACGGGGACGCCCUCACGAUGAAGGGAUCACCGAUCUAUGAACCAAUCAGAUUAGAGGAUCAUGUGAAGCUGGAAGAGGCUAUGGCGGAGUAUGCUGGCUCCGUCCAAAGCCCUGAUAUCAGCAUCAUCUCAGGAGGAACACGCUCUGGAUGGCAGCCGGAUGUAGCCUGUGUCUUAUGGAGACGUAUUCUAGGGGCUCUAGGGGAUGUGAAUGACAUCCAGAUAGCCAGGCUCCAUGCUGUUGUCAUGGAGUGUCUAUGGAGCACCUGGCAGUUGCUAGCAAAGAUCCGAGACAACCUGGCCGUGAGUUCCGACAACCAGAACACCCCACCACCACCUGAAUACAUUCCACCUCUUAGGAUUCUCUCUCCCUGGCUCUUUAAGGCUGUGUACCUAUCGGAGCGUUACCAGCAGGGUAAACUCUCAGCCCUUAAACUCCUCUGCACGAUGACUACAAGGAAACGAGAUCACCCCUUCCCUAAGGAGCAUCUGACACACUUCUAUAGAGUGCUGCACUAUGGACUGGUAGGGACGGAUCAGGAUGUUAUUAACACCAUCAUCCAAUAUAGCGCUCCUGAUUUCUUCUCCUGCGGCCUACCAGGGUCAACGCUACUUAUUCUAGAUUUCAUCCAAGCAGCCAAUAUGAUCGCAUACCACCACAAUCUGGAAGCACCAAGGAUAGAGGCCUUGUCCCUUCUAGGUUCCUUAGUGUGUUUUCCUAAUCUCUUCUGCAAUAUAACCGUGCUACAACCCUCUCCUAAGGACAUAAGUACAAUGCAAUGCAAAGAUGUCAAGGACCACCUCAUCAAGGCAUUACUCAAGUGCAGUCGUAAGGAGCCAAUGAGUGAGGCUCGUUGUAUAGCACUUUGCAGUCUGGGUAUCUUCCUCUAUGAGGAAGUAUCUCAUGCAACCUUCCAUCCAAGAACCAGAGACGCAAUCAGCGUACUCCUAGCCAGUCUUAAGUUCAAUAACAGGACAGUCGCUCAGGUCGCCUGUGACAUGCUCCUACUUCUGGCCGAUCAUGCUGAAAUGUUAAGAGGAAGUAACCCUGAAGCUCCAAAGAAAAUAAUUGAGGUGAUAGCAAUGACAAUAAGCAGUUUGCUGUCGAGUGCUGAGUGUACCGACAAUGAAGAGAAUAAAAAGCUGGUUGUGUCCAUGCUGUUUUGUCUUCUGGAGUGGUGCAUGGCCGUCCCCCUCAGCGCUCUCUUAGAAGUCAGUGAAGGAAGGAAUAAGAAGGAUGCCAAAGUACUACUUGAAACUGUCUUUAAGGUUUUGCAAAAUGCUGUUGAGGGGGUGGUGACGAACCAGCGGACCAGCGUAAACUUCUCUGACCUAGCCUCAUCAGAUUACGAUCCUCAUAUCAACCUAGACACUGUGAGGGAUGGCCACAUGUUCGGUGGCAGGAGCCCCUCCCAGCCAGAGCAUCUGGACCAUGUGUUUGAGGAUGCUGAGGUGCAAUCGUCAGUUCAUUUCAACAUGCCCUCAUCAAGAGUGGUCAGACUAGCUGCUAAGAUGGUGAUGUGUCAUCUGAUCAACCAUCUGAAUCAUUUCCCCCUAGGGGGUGGGCCCGCCCUGGUCACCUCCCUGGUCAGUGAGCUGGAUGACCUAGGGGUCAAUGUGGACUCGGACGACAUGUCAUCGGCGCUGUUCGACGCCCCCAAUGUGCAAUUUUUUAUCUUUAAUGAUUCUUCACUCAUUUCGUUUGUGCAGCUUAACGAUAAGUCAAGUCCAGAGUUGAAUGACAACUUAACGUCGGCCAAUUCCCACGGUCGUAUUGUUGUCCGCAAUAUCGGUGGGAAGUUUGUCUGGGACACCAGCAUACUGUAUGGGCCAGGAGACAGUAGAGUGGACAUGGUACCAGAACCACAAUGCCGACCCAGCCUCGACAACAACGUUUUCCAAAGCAACUCGCAAUCCAAAUCUUCAACGCCAGUGUUCAGAAUAUUAAACAAGUUCGUCCAUCGGCUGCCCUCCUGGAUUGACAACGACGAGUCACUCGACGUCUUAGAUGAGCUUCAGCAAUUUAUAGGUUUCACCAGUCCAGAGUGUUUGCUGAGUCCGGGUGUACCUCUAAAUCUUGUCUCACCGGCCCCUGUAGAGAUCCCACCAGAGCUAGAGAGUAGUGCAAUCGCUUCCUUGAAGAUGCAGAGCAGUAAUGAAGAGGUGUAUGUCAGACAGCAUGGGGAGGAGUACAGCAUGGUAGCCCAUCCUCGAGUCCAAACCCCACACCUUGUGCCGACGUCACCAUUUCAUAUAUGUCGACAGCUACUUAGCCAGCUUGGGGUGAUGACAUGGGACAAGAGAUCUCAGAUUGACGUUGUGAAGAAGAAUGAUCGUUUACUUCGGGAACUCAAGAAUCUGGACUCUAGACAGUGUCGAGAAACGCAUAAGAUAGCAGUUCUUUACGUUGCAGAGGGACAAGAGGACAAGAUGUCUGUAUUGGGCAAUAACAGAGGAAGCCAAGCAUUUGAGAACUUCAUUGCUGGCUUGGCCUGGGAGGUUGACCUUUCAACUCACCAAGGCUUUCUUGGCGGUCUUCAACGCAAUAAGAGCACCGGUGAGACGGCACCAUACUACGCUACAUCAACGGUGGAGGUCAUAUUCCAUGUGGCUACCAGAAUGCCUUCAGAGAAUAAUCAUUUACAUAAGAUGCGUCAUCUCGGCAAUGAUGAAGUUCACAUCGUCUGGUCUGAACACACAAGAGACUAUAGGAGGGGAAUCGUUGCUACGGAGUUUGGUGAUGUCAUCAUCGUCAUCUAUCCAUUGGAGAAUCAACUCUUCAGAAUACAGAUACAAAGGAAACCAGAUGUUCCGUUUUUUGGUCCAUUGUUUGACGGGGCAAUCGUUGAUCACAAGGUCUUACCGGGUCUCGUCAGGGCUACAGCAAUCAAUGCCAGUCGAGUGAAGAGAUCUCAACUACACCUCUACCAAAGAUACUAUGAAGAAAGAGCAAAGUACCUGGAGACUAUCGUCAAGAACCACAAGGUUUCGUCCACAUUUGAGACCUUCUCGGCCCACGUCUUCGACCCCUUACUGGCCAAGCAGUUCAACGGAGAGAGAGACGAGGAGGUAAUGGCCUGUGGUAGCGCCUCCAAAGCAGGGAGCGAUAACAACCCACCCACUCUGACGUCAGCCAUCUUGGACGCCCAGAUCCAGGCUCAUCAUUCCAGAGUCGGAACGGUAAGAGGUCAAGAGAGGCCAUCCCUGACCAAUCCGCCCAUCGGAUUGUCAUCUAAUACCCCAACGUCCGGUGCAUCUACUGGAACAGCUGGUGUGUUGACCCAGGGUGUUCCCCAGGGUCCAGUGGCUAGUGGUGGGGGUGUCCAACGACCAACGAGACUCAGUCAACCAGAUAAGCUGAUCACGUUAGCUGCCAGCACUGGGCAAGUUCAACGCAUGGCUCCAGGCUCUGUUGAUGAGAAAGGCUCAUCUGACCCAGCAAGUGCAAGCACCACCCCAGUGGACUCCACCACUGCGACCACUCCACAGGCAAAGGCUCGGGCAAGGACCAAACGGGCAUCCUCUUCGGGAUCAAUGAACUCAGAGUCAACACCCCCGGAGAGUCCUGCAGACACAAAGAAGAAAAACGAGCGGGCUUAGUGCUGUAAGUGGUUACACCGCCAUCAGACUUCUCUCUUUGGGAAAGGAGGAGUACUUUCAGCAAAGGCCAAAUACUCAACCUCACUCUCAGAUGCAUUUAUUGCCGGCUGUGCUGGCAGAUCACGAGAUUGAGCAACAAUGAUUGCAACCUUUGAGCAUGUAACAGCUUGAAGUGGUGAUGAUGUUAUCAGACAUGGCUGUUUACAUAUCGAUUAACUCCAGUCUAGAUUGUCAGAUUUGGUAACAAGCCCUGGAUUAAAAGAGGUCAAUCCCACUUCUGCAACCAUUUAUUACUGUCGCUCAGGAUGAUGCUUUACUGGUAGACAUAUCAGCAUAUGGGGAUCAAGUCAAGCAUCUAGAAUUGGAUUCAGUCAACAGUGCCGUUGUUCACAUAACCAGAUUGUGAAUCUUGCUUUGUAUCUGUGGGUGUAUAUCAUUGGUUUAACUACAUGUAGUAAUUUACUGGAAAUGUUGACAUGGUUCAAAACUUAGACUGAAUAAGUGUCUGGGACCAGUUUCAUUGAGCUACUUAGUACUAAAACUUGCUCAGCGCAAAGAGGGACUCAACAAAGUCAGGUUACCAACUAAAAUACCAUGUAAUGUGUAUUGUUUAUGGUUCGGGCCCAUUUUGCUUAGUGCAUUUGUUGAUUGGUUUACAUUGGGUAUUAGCAGCUCUAUGAAGUGUGACCAAAUUGAUGCUUUACAUGUAGAGUUAGAAAAAAAUGUUGAUUUGCAAAGAUAUUCACACCAUUAACCUUUUGAUUGCAUUGCACACAUUAUCAAUGCAAUUGUGAUAUAUUAUAGCGAGAGUGAGGAAAACAAAACCAUGUGCAACAAAUUUAUAUGUACAUUUGAUUUAUUACGUGCUACUGUGGUGUAUAUUUUCAUUAAAGGUGGCCCUUUUAAUCGCAUUUAAAAAAAAGAGAACUACUUAUUUAUUGGUGUUUGUAUUGAUUUUUAUGAUUCGAGCGUUCAAGGAAGGGUCGGGGAAAUCUUCCAAGUUUAAGAGUCCAUGGAUUGUCGGAGCUUGAGGAUAAUGUAGAUGAAUGCAUAAGGGGAAUGGAGCAUUAGUUAUAUAAGUCUCCAUAGCUUUCAGUGUUAUCGUACUUGUAAUGUUUGGAAACGGAAAUAGACUGCCACUUUUGAGUAAUGAAUAGUCGGACUGAAAAGUAGCCAGACUUCCUGUGUUUAAUGGUUCAGCGUGUGUGAGUGUGUGCAUUUGACGCAGAGAGAGAACAAUUUAUUCGUCUGAAGGAAUUGAUAUCACGUCUAGUAUUUUUUAUGAUUUUUAUUUUAUGUGAAGCAAUAUCCAUCUGGACAGCUCAUGGAUAGAGGGGAGUGAGAGAGAGGGGGGG